UAAUCGAGCAGCAAAGUGGAGAAGAGCGAGCGAGAAAAGAAGGGGCAGGGCGCCGUCUUUCUUUCCAUCUCGUCCCUUUUCCCAGCCCUCCCACACACACCACACCACACCACUGCCCAGCCAUGCACUCUGCUCCUUCUCUCCUGGCUUUCCUCCCUUAAUAAUUGACUAAUUGUUCUGCUCCUCCCCGGCCUCCUUCUUUACUCCCCUUUGCUUUCGUUGCCACUGUUCCAUCUCGUAGGUUUCGUCGUCCCUGACCACUUGAGAGAUUUGUUAGCAGAUAAGAUUGAGGGCACCAAAAUAAAAAGAUCUUCCAAGAAAAAGAAAGAGGGGGCGAGAGGAGGGAGCAAGCCGGGAGGGAAAGAAUAACCUAGCUAGCUCGCGAGGAUGGAUCCGGUCGCGGCAUCCAUACAUGGUCACCAUCUUCCUCCGCCGUUCAACACCCGCGACUUCCAUCACCAUCUCCAGCAGCAGCAGCAGCAUCACCACCACCAGCUGCAGCUCAAGACCGAGGACGACCAGGGCGGCGGCACGCCGGGGGUGUUCGGCGGCCGCGGCACCAAGCGCGACCAUGAGGAUGACGAGAACAGCGGCAACGGCAACGGAAGUGGCGGCGGCGGCGGCGGCGGAGGCGGAGGUGACGAGCUGGCGCUGGUUCCCCCAUCUGGUGGCGGGCCAGAGGGCGGAGAGGCCACCCCGCGCCGCCCGAGGGGCCGGCCGGCGGGGUCCAAGAACAAGCCGAAGCCGCCGAUCAUCAUCACGAGGGACAGCGCCAACACGCUCCGGACGCACGUCAUGGAGGUGGCCGGCGGCUGCGACAUCUCUGAGAGCAUCACGGCGUUCGCGCGCCGCCGCCAGCGCGGGGUCUGCGUGCUCAGUGGCGCGGGCACCGUGACAAACAUCACCCUGCGGCAGCCGGCCUCCCAAGGCGCGGUCGUUGCCCUCCACGGCCGGUUUGAGAUCCUUUCCCUCUCCGGCUCCUUCCUCCCACCGCCCGCGCCGCCAGAAGCCACAGGGCUCACCGUGUACCUUGCCGGGGGGCAGGGGCAGGUGGUGGGCGGCAGCGUCGUGGGCGCGCUUACAGCAGCCGGGCCGGUGGUGAUAAUGGCGGCCUCUUUCGCGAACGCAGUGUACGAGAGGCUGCCGUUGGAGGAGGACGACAUGCUCGCCGCCCAAGCACAGGCCGAUAGCGCCGGGAUUCUCGUUGGUGCGCAGCAAGCGGCGCAGCUCGCCGGCUCUGUCGACCCAAGCCUCUUCCAGGGACUGCCACCGAACCUGCUCGGCAACGUGCAGAUGCCACCGGAUGCAGCCUACGGAUGGAACCCGGGCGCCGCUGGAGGCCGUCCGGCGCCGUUCUAAUAAUUGAUGAGGCCGGGCGGGCAGCUUAGAAGGUUAAGUGAUAUAGCUUUCUUCCAUCUUCACUUCGAGUCGCAUCGUGGAGAAUUUCCGUGGGAAUUAUGCAUAUGAUUUCAGAUGUUAAUUAUUAGCAAGUUAUCUUAAGAUUGUUUCCGAAUAUGUUGCUCUCGAUCGAUCCCUAUCGUUUGCUUUGGCUAUUUAUUGUGUCAUAACUAAUCUUGUUGUUGACAUGAGGCCGGGGUUUGUACCUUAUAAUGAUCGUUUUCUC